AUUGGAAAUGGAAUUUUGUUAAAUCGACAUGUCAUCUUUUUUUUUCAAAAUUUGUAGUGUAUAAUUUCAAGAUGUUCUCUGAACUACAGUUUCAACUUGCAAUUGCUCUUUUACUAUUUAUAUCAAUAUCCUUAUGUGAAGAUAGACAAAAAAAAUCAAAAGAUUCUUCUAUAGAGGCUACACAAACAGCCACACAGACAACUGGUUCCAGACCGUUAAGUGCUUCUGCACCCUAUCAAGCUCCAAGGUCAGUUUCUUACCCGUUUGGUGAUGAGGAUAUGGUAAACAAUGAUAUGUUAAACAAAUCUGCAACAUCAGAAGCAAAUUGUGCUGAUGAGAAUGAGUUUAUAGAAUAUAAACCUGAAUGCACUGGUCCAGUUGAAGGAGUUGAUGAAAUUUAUGUUACAUGUUUGAAAAAUGACUUGACUGUGGAACCAACCGACUCCAUCUAUUCAUCUUCAAGUAGUGCAAGUACAAGCCCAUUUAAUUUACCUUCAUUAAUUUGCAAAAGGUGUGAUUUACAGAAAAAUCCUGAAAAUACUGCAGUGAUAAUAAAUUGUGUUAAUUGUUUCGACGUGGGAAAUCCUUUGGACAGAACAGAACCAGCGUAAAUUUAUUUUGCACUGCGUCCUACCUUGAAAUAAAAAAUUAUACCAAAACAAAUCGUGUUUUGAAGGAUUUUUAAUUUUCAAGGAGGUUUAUUUUCAUUGUGUUGGUACCUCUGAAUUUUGAUGUUUGUGGAGUUUGGAUUGGUUAGUUAUGUGAAUUUUGAAGCUAAAAUUUUGAUGAAAAACAAUAAAAAAUGUGGCAUAGAAAUUUGAGACAUCUGUGGCAUUCAUCCAAGCCUGUUCUAGGAUUCUCUUCUACUACUGCUCCAGUGAAAAGAGUUGCUCAUGAAACUGUAGUGUCUGAUAUAAGUAAAUUUGUGGUUGGUGAUACCAUUCACUGUUUUGAAGUUAAAGAAAUUAAAGAAAUCUCAGAGUUCAAAGUAGUUGCCCUUCUACUAGUACACGAGAAGACAAAAUCAGAAUAUCUCCAUCUGUUCCGGAAUGAUUUGAAUAAUGUGUUUUCCAUUAAUUUCCGAACAACACCUAAAAAUAGUACAGGCGUACCUCAUAUAUUGGAACAUAUAGUUCUGUGUGGAUCAGAAAUGUACCAAGUGAGGGAUCCAUUUUUUAAAAUGUUAAAUAGAUCUUUGGCAACCUUUAUGAAUGCUAUGACUGGUUCAGAUUUCACAAUGUAUCCUUUUAGCAGUCAGAAUUUGACUGAUUAUAGAAAUUUACAAAAAAUAUAUUUGGAUGCAGUGUUUAGACCUCAACUUAAAGAAUUAGAUUUUAUGGAAGAAGGUUGGAGGCUGGAGAAUGUUGAUUUGAAUGAUGUGAAAUCACCAUUGUUUUUAACUGGUGUAGUAUACAAUGAAAUGAAGGGAGCAUUCUCAGAAAACGAAAGAAUAUUAGGUCAGAAGUUACAAAAUCUGAUUUUACCUGACCAUACAUAUGGUGUUAUAUCUGGUGGUGAUCCUAUGAAAAUACCUGACUUAACUUGGGAUGAUUUGAAGAACUUUCAUAAAAAUCAUUACCAUCCCAGCAAUGCAAGAUUUUAUUCUUAUGGAAAUUUUCCAUUAAUUCCUUCCCUUGAAUACCUAAACAAUGAAUAUUUAUCAAAAUAUAACUUUUUAUCUCCAGACCACACUAAAGUUCCAUCUCAAAAAUAUUGGACAAGCCCUAAACAAGAACAUAUUUAUGGUCGUUUUGAGAAUAUGGGUGAUAUUAUUGAAAAACAGAACUCAGUACUAAUAUCUUUAUUAAUGUCUGAUAUUACAGACAUUUAUGAGACAUUCACACUACAAUUCAUAAGUGAAUUACUCAUUAGAGGUUCAAACGCUCCAUUUUAUAGGACCAUGAUUGAACCAAACUUUUCUGGUGGUUUCACUCAAACAACGGGUUUUGAUAAUCAGCCGAAAAAUAGUAUUUUUACAGUGGGACUCCAAGGUUUGAAAAAAGGAGACAUGCAUAGAGUUUCUAAAAUUUUUGAUUAUACUAUUGAUAAAGUUAUAGAAGUUGGAUUUGAUGAAAAACACAUUGAUUCUGUAUUACAUAGAAUUGAGUUGUCAUUAAAACAUGAAACAUCGAAUUUUGGACUAAAUUUACUUUUUGGCAUCGUACCUAUUUGGAAUCACAAUGGACAGAUAUUGAAAGCAAUGGAAAUAAAUAAAUUGAUUGAAAAAUUGCAAGAAAAUAUACGGGAAAAUCCAAAGUACCUGCAAGAAAUGGUCAGAAAAUAUUUCAAAGACAACUGUCACCGUUUAACAAUAACAAUGACACCUGAUGUAGAGUAUGAGGACAAAUUGAAUGUAGAAGAAAAAAGAUUAACAGAAAAAAAGGUCGCAAAGCUUUCUCAGGAAGAAAGAGAAGAGCUGUUCAAGAAGAAUUUAAAAUUGAAAGAUCGACAAUCUAAACCUCAAAAUACUGAAAUUCUUCCUACAUUGGGUAUAGAGGAUGUGAGCACUGAAGUAGAAAGAAUUCCUGUUAUACAUACCAAUAUAGGACAUAUUCCUGUACAAAUAAACACAGUAAAUAGUAAUGGCAUUGUUUAUUUUAAGGGAAUUUUGAGUACUGUGCAUUUAUCUCCAGAGCAACAAAUGCUUUUACCCAUAUUUUGUUAUGUCAUAAACAAAUUGGGUACUUCCAAAAUGGAUUAUAAAGAGUUCGAUAGUUUAGCUCAAAGGAAAACUUCAGGUUUAGAUUUUAAUAUUCAUAUUGGAGAAAGUUUGUAUACCUUACACAAUUAUGAACCGGGGGUGGUAAUAUCUAGUUUCUGUCUUGAAAAGAAUUUAGAAGAUAUGUGGGAAUUGUGGUCUCAACUAUUUAACCUGGAUCAGUUAGAAGAUGUUACAAGAUUUAAAACCUUGGUCCAGUUGUAUAUGGCAAAUUUGUCACAAGGAUUAGCUGAUGAAGGACAUAUUUAUGCAAUGCAGGCUGCAGCUGCUUUAGUUUCAGGGUCUUCAAGUCAAAAAGAACAUUUGACUGGAUUACAACAUAUUGCAUACAUGAAAAGAUUGAUGAGUGUAUCAAACUAUCCAGCUAUGCUGAGGGCCAUAUUUGGAAUUGGAAAAGCAAUUUUUAAUGAGAAAAACUUGAGAUGUUGUCUCAAUGCUUCACAGGAGCAAUUACCUGUUGUAUUACAAUCCUUCCGAAAAUUUGUCAAUGAGAUACCAGAAACUUCAACAGUUCCUCUAUGUGAUAAAACUUAUGUAACUGGAAAAGUUCUCACCCCUAAGAAUGGAACUCAAUGCCAGCAUCAGGUUCUGAAUGUGCCUGUUAAUUACUGUAGUAAAUCUAUUUUAACUGUACCCUACUCAAAUCCGGAAUAUGCAAGACUUCGUGUACUUGCCAGGCUACUGACAUACAAAUAUCUUCUUCCGAAUCUUAGAGAAAGGUAUGGCGCUUAUGGAGGGGGCGCCAAGUUAACUACAGAUGGAGUAUUCACAUUCUUCAGUUAUAGAGAUCCCAGAAAUCUGCAAACUCUAGAUGUUUUCGAUCAAACUAAAGAGUGGUUGAAGACAGAGCUAGCUAAGGUUUCCCCACAAGAAAUCAUAGAGGCCAAGUUGGGAGUAUUUCAAUCGAUAGAUCAACCAGUUCCUCCUUGCAAUAAAGGGUGCAAUGAGUUUUAUUUAAGGUUAACCCCAGAUGUAUUACAAAGUCACAGAGCUGAAGUUAUGGCUGUGACUCAUAAGGAUUUACAUGAUGUUGGCUUCAAAUAUUUAUCGAAUGGUAUACAAUCAGUGGUUGGAAAAGUUAUAAUGGGAUCUAAAACAGAUUGUGAUACUAGUAAAAGGAAAAACGAACUAUGGACAAUUGUGGAUAAUUCCUAAUAUAGUAAAUUCUGAAUUGUAGUUACCAGUUCUACAAAUACAUGCAACUCCUUCAUUUGUU